CCAACAUGGCGGCUCAGUCUGAGGCUCAGUCUGAUGCUUAGCGGUGUCGGUCCUGGUCCCGGUCCUGAUCUGGUCCCGGUCCCGGUCCUGGUCCCGGUUCCGGUCCCGGUCCUGGUCCCUGGUCCGUGUUCUAGUUCGUGUUCUACUUGUUGUUCUGGUGAGUUAGUUAGUGUUCUGGCUGAGGCCUGCUCUGGAGCUCCGCGGACUGUCCCGGGAUGUGCGCGUCUCUGUGACCGCGUCAAGAGCCUCGCCGAGCGGAUACACACACAGGUCUGAGGAGCAGGGGUCAUGGCGUCCUAUGACCAGCUGCUGAGGCAGGUGGAGGUGCUGAAGAUGGAGAACUCCACCCUGAGACAAGAGCUGCAGGACAACUCCACCCACCUGAGCAAACUCGAGUCCGAGGCCUCCAACAUGAAGGAAGUGCUGAAGCAGCUGCAGGGGACGAUAGAAGAAGACACAGGAGACGGAGGAGGCUCCCACGAACUCAUCGAGAGACUGAAAGAGAUGAGCCUGGACCCUGCGGGGUUUAAGCCCAGGAGCAGGCCUCCUGUGCCCCCAUCGUCCUCCUCCUCCUCGGCCUCUUCCUCUGGAGCUCCAGCCCAGCGCAGAGGAGCGCCCCCUGUGGACAGAGAGGGACACGACAGAGGAGCGCCCCCUGCGGGCAGAGAGGGACACGACAGAGGAGCGCCCCCUGCGGGCAGAGAGGGACACGACAGAGGAGCGCCCCCUGCGGGCAGAGAGGGACACGACAGAGGAGCGCCCCCUGCGGGCAGAGAGGGACACGACAGAGGAGCGCCCCCUGCGGGCAGAGAGGGACACGACAGAGCCCUGGAGGAGCUGGAGAAGGAGAGAGCGCUCCUAUUGGCUGAGCUGGAGAAGGAGGAGAAGGAGAAGGACUGGUACUACGCCCAGCUCCAGAACCUGACCAAACGCAUCGACAGCCUCCCGCUCACCGAAAACUUCACUCUUCAGACGGACAUGAGUCGUCGACAGUUGGAGUUUGAAGCUCGUCAGAUUCGUUCUGCCAUGGAGGAACAACUGGGCUCCUGUCAGGAGAUGGAGAGAAGAGCUCAGGCUCGAGUCUCUCGGAUCCAACAGAUUGAGAAGGACAUCCUCAAACUGGGCUCCAGGAACCAGGAGGGGCCUCAGGCAGAGCUGAGCGCUCCACCGUCUGCUAGCUCCAGCCGAUUGGACCUGGACUCGGCCAAUGACGGCGCUUACUCUGUGCCUCGACGAAUCACCAGCCACCUGGGAACGAAGGUGGAGAUGGUGUACAGUCUUCUGUCCAUGUUGGGGACCCAUGAUAAGGACGACAUGUCUCGGACUCUUCUGGCAAUGUCCAGUUCUCAGGACUCGUGCAUCGCCAUGAGGCAGUCGGGCUGUUUACCUCUGCUCAUCCAACUCCUCCACGGCAACGACAAGGACUCACUACUGCUCGGUAUGACACCUCCACCCUCGCUACAACACCACCCCCGCAACAACACCACCGCAACACCACCACCACACCACCGCAACAUCACCGCAACACCACCACAACACCACCCCCGCAACAACACCACCGCAACACCACCACAACACCACCACAACUCCACCGCCGCAACACCACCGCCGCAACAACACCACCGCAACACCACCGCAACAUCACCGCCACAACACCACCGCCACAACAACACCACCGCCACACAACACCACCGCCACAACACCACCGCCACAACAUCACCACCACAACACCACCACCACAACACCACCGCACACACCCACCACCGCAACACCACCACCACAAGGUUUGGCUCAUCGAGGGAGUAUCGAGGGCGUAUCGAGGGCGUAUCGAGGGCGUAUCGAGGGCGCAUCGAGGGCGUAUCGAGGGCGUAUCGAGGGCGUAUCGAGGGAGCAUCGAGGGCGUAUCGAGGGCGUAUCGAGGGAGCAUCGAGGGAGCAUCGGGAGGGAGCAUCGAGGGCGUAUCGAGGGAGCAUCGAGGGCGUAUCGAGGGAGCAUCGAGGGAGCAUCGAGGAGCAUCGUAUCGAGGGCGAUCGUAUCGAGGGAGCAUCGAGGAGCAUCGAGGGAGCAUCGAGGCGUAUCGAGGGAGCGAUCGAGGGAGCAUCGAGGGAGCAUCGAGGGAGCAUCGAUCGAGGGGCGUAUCGAGGGGCAUCGAGCAUCGAGGGAGCAUCGAGGGAGCUAUCGAGGGAGCAUCGAGGGCGCAUCGAGGGCAUCGAGGGGUAUCGAGGAGCAUCGAGGAGCAUCGAGGGAGCAUCGAGGGGCAUCGAGGGCGUAUCGAGGGCGAUCGAGGGCGCAUCGAGGAGCAUCGGGAGCAUCGAGGGAGCAUCGAGGGCAUCGAGGGCGUAUUCGAGGGAGCAUCGAGGGAGGCAUCGAGGGAGCAUCGAGGGCGCAUCGAGGGAGCAUCGAGAGGAGCAUCGAGGGAGCAUCGAGGGCGUAUCGAGGGCGUAUCGGAGGGAGGGCAUCGAGGGGCAUCGGAGGGCUAUCGAGGGAGCAUCGAGGGAGCAUCGAGGGCGAGCAUCGAGGGGCAAUCGUAUCGAGCAUCGAGGGCGUAUCGAGGGCGUAUCGAGGGGCAUCGUAUCGAGGGCAUCGAGGGCGUAUCGAGGGCGCAUCGAGGGAGCAUCGAGGGAGCAUCGAGGGCGCAUCGAGGGCGUAUCGAGGGCGUAUCGAGGGAGCAUCGAGGGGGAUCGAGGGGCAUCGAGGGCGUAUCGAGGCGCAUCGAGGGCGCGAGGGUAUCGGGGAGCAUAUCGAGGGCGCAUCGAGAGGGCCUAUCGAGGAUGGGGUAUCGAGGGAGUCGAGGGCGUAUCGAGGGGAGCAUCGAGGGCGUAUCGAGGGUAUCGCAUUCGAGGGCGCAUCGAGGGGCAUCGAGAGCAUCGAGGGCGUAUCGAGGGAGCAUCGAGGGCGUAUCGAGGGAGCAUCGAGGGCGUAUCGAGGGAGCAUCGAGGGCGUAUCGAGGGAGCAUCGAGGGGUAUCGAGGGCGUAUCGAGCGGAGGGCGCAUCGAGGAGCAUCGAGGGGUCGAGGGAGCAUCGAGGGGGAGGGCGUAUCGAGGGCGUAUCGAGGGAGCAUCGAGGGCGGGUCUCCAGGCCAUCGCUGAGCUCCUUCAGGGGGUCUCCAGGCCAUCGCUGAGCUCCUUCAGGGGUCUCCAGGCCAUCGCUGAGCUCCUUCAGGUGGACUGUGAGAUGUUCGGUCUGAGCUCUGAUCACUACAGUGUGACUCUGAGGAGAUACUCCGGGAUGGCCCUGACCAACCUCACCUUUGGAGAUGUGGCCAACAAGGCCACUCUGUGUUCUAUGAAGGGUUGUAUGAGAGCCAUGGUCGCACAACUCAAGUCUGAGAGCGAAGAUCUGCAGCAGGUGAUUGCCAGUGUUCUGAGGAAUCUGUCUUGGAGAGCAGACGUGAACUCGAAGAAAACCCUGAGGGAGGUGGGCAGUGUGAGAGCUCUGAUGGGCUGUGCCCUGCAGGUGCAGAAGGAGUCCACUCUGAAGUCGGUUCUGUCUGCUCUGUGGAACCUUUCCGCCCACUGCACGGAGAAUAAGGGCGACAUCUGCUGCGUGGACGGGGCGCUGGCGUUUCUCGUGGGCACUUUGACUCACCGCAGCCACAGCAACACGCUCGCCAUCAUCGAGAGCGGAGGAGGCAUCCUGAGGAACGUGUCCAGCCUCAUCGCCACCAACCAGGCGCACAGGCAGGUCCUGCGGGAGCACGGUUGUUUGCCGACGCUGCUGCAGCAUCUGAAGUCUCACAGUCUGACCAUCGUGUCCAACGCCUGCGGAACGCUCUGGAACCUUUCGGCGCGCGACGCCACCGAUCAGGAGACGCUGUGGGAGCUGGGCGCCGUGGGCAUGCUCCGUAACCUCAUCCACUCUCGCCACAAGAUGAUCGCCAUGGGCAGCGCGGCCGCCCUGAGGAACCUCAUGGCCAACCGCCCGGCGCGCUACAAGGACGCCAGCGUGGUGUCUCCGGGCGGCGGCGCCCCGUCUCUGCACGCGCGUAAACAGAAGGCGUUGUUCGAGGAGCUGGACGCGCAGCAGCUCUCCGAAACAUUCGACAACAUCGACAACCUGAGCCCCAAGACGGCGCACCGCAAAGCCCGAGGGGGAGCCAACUCCGCCGGCAACGCCCGCUCCUAUGCCAACACCCCCGUCCUGUCCAGCCCCAAACGCGCCUUCCCCCCAAACGUGCGCGCCUCCAGCGACAGCCUCAACAGCGUCACCAGCGCCGACGGGUACGGCACCCGCGGCAAAACCAAACCCUCCUCCUCCACAGAGAACUUUUACUCCGAGGAGAACGCCGUCACCAACAAGUGCUGCGUCUACAUGAAGUACCCCGCCGACCUGGCGCACAAGAUCCGCAGCGCCAACCACAUGGCGGACGACGACGGGGCGGAGCUGGACACGCCCAUAAACUACAGUCUGAAAUAUUCUGACGAGCAGCUGAACUCGGGGCGCCAGAGCCCCAGUCUCCACGGCAACGCGGAGGAGCCGGAGGAGGAGCGCACCAAAGCGCCGCGCGGGUACAGCGGCGCGGCGGCGUACGACGCGCCCACAGAACAGCCCAUCGACUACAGCCUGAAGUACAGCGAGACGCAAGCGCCGCGCAAAGACGACUUCAGCCUCAAAUACGGCGCCGAGACGCAGCGCAAAGACGAAUACGGUUUAAAGUAUAACGGCACAAAAGAAUCGAACGCCUCCGCGCCUAAGCUCCGCCCCCUGCAGCAGCCGACGGCCAAUCGUGCGGCUCCGAAGAGUCACCAGGAGUCGACUCAGACGUACUGCGUGGAGGACACGCCCAUCUGCUUUUCUCGCGGUUCAUCUCUGUCCUCGCUGUCCUCCGAGGACGACGAGAGUCACGAGGUGCUCCCACGUAAACGGCGAGGCGGCAGCGUCGUGGACGGCGGCGAGCGCGACUCCAGUAACUACCCCACGCUGCCCGUGAGCGAGAAGCCGAGCGCCACUGACGAGACGCAGCGUAAAGAGGCCGAGAGCCAAACCGCCGCCGAAUCCGCAGCGUCCAACUCGAGAUCCAAACGACAUCAUCACCACGAGACGCGGCACCAUCACCACGAGACGCGGCAUCAUCAUCACGCCGCGUCCGGCGCCAGGACGCCCAAAAGCCCCCCCGAGCCCGCCCCCCUGUACGCCCAGGAGACGCCCCUCAUGUUCAGUCGCUGCACCUCCGUCAGCUCCCUGGACUCCUUCUCCACCUCCUCCAUCGCCUCGUCCGUGCGCUCCUCGGAGCCGUGCAGCGGCGUUCCCAGCGGCGUCAUCAGCCCCAGCGACCUGCCCGACAGCCCGGGCCAGACGAUGCCCCCGAGCCGCGCCAAGACGCCGCCGCCGCCGAAGGCCGCGAAAGAGGAGGAGCUAACGCAGAAGCUUCAGCGUCAGGACGAGCAAGAACCCAGCUCAGACCUGCUCCUUCACUUCGCCACCGAGAGCACGCCGCACGGCUUCUCCAAAGCCUCCAGUCUGAGCGCGCUCAGUGUGGACGAGCCCUACAUCGGCGACCUGAAGCUGGGCGCGCCGCGGGGGGCGGAGCCAGAGAAACCGGAGCCGCUGCUCGCCGGAGAGUCCGACGACGACAUCGAGAUCUUAGAGGCCUGCAUCAACAUGGCCAUGCCCAAGUCCUCCCGCAAGCCCAAGAAACCGCCCCCGCAAGCCCCGCCCCCUGUCUCGGCGCAGCCAAUCAGGAAGCCCAGCCAGCUGCCCGUCUACAAGCUCCUCCCCCCUCAGAGCCGCCUCCAAUCGCAGCCCAGGAAAGACAAACAGGAAGAGGAGGCUCCGAGCGACGACGUGCCCAGAGUUUACUGCGUCGAAGGAACGCCGCUCAACUUCUCCACCGCUACGUCGCUCAGCGACCUCACCAUCGAGUCCCCGCCCCCCGAGGAGGCCGCACCCCCGCACCGCCGCAGGGCGGGGCUUCCCGAGGGCGAAAACGGAGACGACAUUUUGGCCGAAUGCAUCAGCGCCGCCAUGCCCAAGUCCAAGCUCCGCAAACCCGCUCCGGCUCGGCCCACGGGAGAGCAGAGCCUCCAGGCCCCGCCCCCUCUGCCCCCUCAGGCCACGCCCCCUCUGGCCGCGCAGCAGCAGAAGAAGAAACCCACGUCUCCGGUGAAGCCGCAGCAGCGCCCUCCGGCGGCGGCGCUGAAACAAACCAACAAACCGGGCUUUUCCUUUGACUCGCCGCGUCACUACACGCCCAUCGAGGGCACGCCCUGCUGCUUCUCUCGCAACGACUCGCUCAGCUCGCUCGACUUCGACGAAGACGAGGAGAAGCCCAAAGACGCGCCCAAAGCCCCGCCUAAGCCGCAGGCCCCGCCCCCCGCCGCCUUCGCCCCACCCCCCGCGGCCAAAACCAACACGGCCGACGAGAAGCUGCAGUUCUCCAUCGAAGACACGCCCGUGUGCUUCAGCCGAAACUCCUCCCUCUCUUCGCUCAGCGACAUAGACCACGAGAACAACAACAAAGCUCCGCCCGCCGCCGCGGAGGCUCCUCCCCCGGACAAGCCCCGCCCCCCGCCGCACUGCUACGUCCCCAAAGCCUUCCACGUGGAGGACACGCCCGUCUGCUUCUCCCGAAACUCCUCCCUCUCCUCUCUCUCCAUCGACUCCGAGGACGACCUGCUGCAGGAGUGCAUCAGCUCCGCCAUGCCCAAGAAGAAGAAGAAAGCCCCGCCCCCGAGCGCCCAGAACGCCACCAACGUCCUCAACGCCCCGCCCGCCGCCUCCAACACUCCACCCAGCACGACCAACGCCCCGCCGUCUGGCCAGAACGCCCCUCUGCCCCCCGAAGACACGCCCGCCGCCCACGCCGCCCCCGCCCCCUCCGAGCACGCCUCCGGCCCCGCCCCCUCCGCGCCGUGCGACGAGGGCAUCCUGUCAGAGCUGGAGCCCUGCGGCGCCCCCCGCAGCCCCGUGUCCCCGGACUCCGAGUCAUUCGACUGGAAGGCGAUUCAGGAGGGCGCCAACUCCAUCGUGAGCUCGCUGAACGCCGCCGCCGCCGCCUCGGCGCUCUCCCGCCAGGCCUCGUCCGACUCCGAUUCCGUGCUGUCGCUCAAGUCCGUGGGCUCCCCCUUCAGACUGCCCCCCAAACCCAAAGCCCCGGACGCCGCGGACGCCCGCGACGCCGCCGACGCCCCGGAGGCCGAGGAGGAGAAGCGAGGAGCUCGUAUCCUGAAGGGCGGCGAGCGCAGCACCCUGGAACAGCGCCACCUUCAGGACGACGACCGCGGCGUCAGAGGAGGAAAGAAAGUUUACCGCAGUUUAAUUACGGGGAAACCGCGCUCGGAGCUCAGCGCCCGCGGACGCACCAAACCCAGAGCCGCCGUCGGCCCCAAACCGGGAGGUAACGCCGACGACAGGACGGGCAGCUCGUCCCGAGACUCCACCCCCUCCAGGUCCCAAAGGCCCAAACCCAAACGCUCCCGGCCCCGCCCCCCCCCAAAACCCGCCCCUCCCGCCGCCGGCCCCGCCCCCAAACCCGCCGUCAAACCCAAAGCGGUCGGUUUACCGCGCAGCGAGUCGGCGCCGCGCGUCACGCCCAAAAAGCAGAAGUCUGACGCGGAGAAGCCGGCGGCGCUGGUGAGACAGUCGACCUUCAUCAAAGAGACGCCGAGUCCCACGCUCAAACGCAAACUGGAGGAGUCUCAGGUGUGCGCCGCGCCCGACUCCCCCUCCAGCCCCGAAACGCAACCUCCGCCGCCCAACCGCAAAACCGACCUGAGCCGCUCGCACUCCGAGAGCCCCUCGCGCCCGCAGGACGCCGCGUCGUCGCGCUUCAGCCGUACGGGCACCUGGAAACGUGAGAACGGCGGCGCCAAUAAUGGCGGCGCCAACGGCAAACAGCACUCCACGUCUCUGCCGCGCGUCGGCACCUGGAAACGCACCGGCAGCUCCUCCUCCGUCCUCUCCGCCUCCUCCGAGUCCAGCGAGAGAGGGGCGAGCGACCGCGCCCGCAGCGAGGAGGAAGUGACGUCGCAGCGCAAAGGCACGUGGCGUAAAAAGAAGAGCGAUUCCGCCGAGCGCGGUUUCUGCGAUCGCUCCGAUAAGUCCGAGGACGUGUGGGUGCGUCUGGAGGACUGUCCCGUCAACAACCCGCGCUCCGCCUCCUCCUGCUCCGCCCGCUCGCCGUCCAACGCCCCGCCCGUCAUCGACAGCCCCGCCCCCUCCUCCAGGAUCCCCUCAGGCUCCUCCUCCUGCUCCAACCUCAACCUGCGCCGCAGCUGCGAGAGUUUAGACGAAAAACCACCGCGAGCGACUCCGCGCGGCGCCGUCGCCGCCAGAGUCAGUCCCUUUAACUACACGCCCAGUCCCCGCAAGAAAGAGACCGACUCGCCCAGUACUGCGCCCAGUACUACCAGUACUACGAGUACUACCAGUACUACCAAUACUACUAAUACUACCAAUACUACUAAUACUACUGCAGCCGGCCCCGCGCGCCCCUCCCUCAUCCCCACGCCCGUCACAAAGAAACGCGAGCCCAAAGGAGAGGGCGGGGCCGGCGGUGGCGGCGAGAGGGGCUCUUACAUCGUCACGUCAGUGUGAGGCGGAGCUUCGUGUAGCCAAGAACCGCACGAAAAACCGCACGAAAAACCGCACCGCACUUAACUCCCGUUCACACUCUGACAUCACUGACACACGUGACGUCACACGCCGCGCUCCCCCUCCGCUCCGACGCCGCCGCGCUCCCCCUCCGCUCCGACGCCGCCGCGCUCCCCCUCCGCUCCGACGCCGCCGCGCUCUGACAUCAUGACGUCAUGGGGUCAAACCCUCAAACUCAACCUGGCACAAAAAUACUGUGAAUAAAUUAUAAAAGUUCAGAUUUAAACUUUUACACAAACAAAGAUGGUGGAAGCGUGAAACACGACACUGCAGUAUUAACACACAGACACUAGGUGGCGCUGUAGUGUCACACACACAGUAGGUGGCGCUGUAGUGUCACACACACAGUAGGUGGCGCUGUGGUGUCACACACACAGUAGGUGGCGCUGUAGUGUCACACACAGACAGUAGGUGGCGCUGUGGUGUCACACACACAGUAGGUGGCGCUGUAGUGUCACACACACAGUAGGUGGCGCUGUAGUGUCACACACACAGUAGGUGGCGCUGUAGUGUCACACACACAGUAGUUGGCGCUGUGGUGUCACACACACAGUAGGUGGCGCUGUAGUGUCA